AUGGAUCUGGACAGCAUCAGAGCAAAAGUGGGAAAUUUUUGUGAUGAAAGCCAUUAUUAUUUAUUAGCUAAGAAUCCCGAAGAUUUACUGAGCGCGACGAAGAAAGGUCAAACAGUGAUGAUGUUCGUCAAUAUUCGGGAUCCCUCCAACCCUACAGUGAAGAGUCGACCUUACACUGAAAGAACGGCCGAUGUCUUCAAUUCGAUGCUUCAUAAUAACCACAUGGUUUCUCAGGUUUGUGAAAAAAAACCAUCAAUCCAGAAAAAUUUCCUAGAAGUUUAUUGAAG